AUGUACGCAGACAUCACGAAACCUCCUGCGCCGCUGCCAACACCACAGCUGAAGGAUAUUCGGCCUGGUAUAUUAUUGCUGCCUCCUCUUUCACGCCGUGGUCAUGGUCCUGGACUCAUUCUUCUGGCCCGCCCCUCGGCCGAUCCUUUGAGAAUUGACCAGGGCGUCCCAUCAGAGCUCGUCAAAUGGGCUGAAGAGGGCUAUACAGUGGUUAAGCUUGAGCCGAAUGCAUUUGAGGGCGCUGAAAGCCUAGAUGUGAUUAAUGAGGCUGUUAGGGCUCUGAACCGAUGUGGAAAAUGCGACAAGGGGAAAAUUGGCUUAGUUGUUGCAUCCAGAUUGCCUGAGAUCCCAGAUAUCAUCUCUGCCAUUGUGUACGGAAAUGAAGCCGACUCAGCAAGCCUUGCUUCUACAAAUGUUCCACUCCUCCGACACCUGGCUGGACAACCCGUAAAGCCUGCCCCUAGCCAAGCCGCCGGCGUUGAAUAUCACUAUCCCAAGGCCCAGAGCUACGCUUUUGCUACACCAUUCCAUGAGCACUUCUCCUACUCACUGGAGUCUUUGUCCCACACAAGAAAUCUUCAGUUUCUCAAACCUCGAAUGGAAGGACCGUACUUUGACCUCGAAGCGAUUUGGGAGGAGCACACAUAUUACGAAUUCGCUGACCGGUCUGUUGAGCAUACCAUGAGUACAAUGGUCCAAGAACCAUACGUUAACCAUGUUCCAACAUUGACUGGCGGAGUCGGUCGAGAGAAGCUAACACACUUUUACCGGAACAACUUUAUCUUUAACAACUCUGCCGACACUGAGCUGGAGCUUAUUAGUCGUACAGUUGGAAUUGAUCGUGUAAUAGACGAGUUCAUCUUCAAGUUCACACAUGAUCAGCAGAUUGACUGGCUCCUCCCUGGUCUUCCACCCACAAAUAUCAAGGCCGAGGUUCCCUUUACCGCUGUGGUCAAUGUCCGCGGAGACAGGCUUUACCACGAACACAUUUCCUGGGAUCAAGGAACAGUUUUGCGUCAACUGGGUUUACUCCCAGAGUAUCUCCCUUUCCCAUAUGCCCUUCCUGAUGGUCGAACUGCAAGUAACGGCUCGUGUUUUGAAUACCGCGUCCCAGUUGGAGGAUCAGAGACGGCGGACAAGAUGAGGGAUCGAAAUGGGGUGUCGUCUAACGAGAUGUUCAAGUUUGAGAUUCGAGAGACGAAACAGUCGACGAAGGAGUGA